CUCACUUGUAUAAGUAUUACAUUGGUGUGACAAAUUGAAAAAUUUAUUAGUUUAUGCACGACAUCAAACAAUGAUGGAGAAAUAUUUCAUACUUUUUUUUUUUUGGGGGGGGUUCUAUCUAGUGUUACCAGUUUGUAAAUUGGUCUUUACAGUCAUGUAGUUCGGGCACAAAUAGUGACAUUUCAGCAUAACUCGAUACUAAUUAUACUAUAUAUUUAUUGUAUGUAGGCUUUGCAUUUUACUGGAAGUUAUUGUUUUCAGUCGUAAUAAUAUCUGUGAGCACUGUUGCCAAUUUGAGUAUUUCAUUCGCUUUAUUUUCAGAGUUCUUCAUUCAAGUUCAAGACACAAUAUUCUAAGGGUUCUGAGAACUGUUGCCAAUUUGAGUCUUUUGUUUUUUAUUAUUUUCACAGAGCUCAUCAUUAAGUUCAAGGCACACGACCACGGUGGUAGCACCCAUAGGGCAGAGAGGUCAUGGUGCGAACCAUUCGAUUCAGCACGUCGCGUUACCGAUGGCUGUGGGUAGCUCAGGCACGCAGCAGGGGUGGCCGCCUAGGCCGGCUGGCCAGGGACAGACCGUAUUCUUACCGAAUGGGCCGGUCCAAUCAUGGCCGCCCAACGGAGGCCAAGUAUUCCUGUCACCAUGGCAACAGGGGGCAGCAGCAGUGACACAGCAGCCAGUCAUUCCGGAGGCACAAACCUUGACUGAGACUUGGAGACGGCAGUAUGUUUCUGCAGCCCCAGUAUCGUGGCGUAGCUCGGAUGAAUCGGGCUUCAUCACAACGGAGCCCAGUCCGGCCCUAUUUCAUAUGGACGUAGGAGAAGGGACCUUCUAUGAUCACGGCAUCGAGAGAGCUCAGUUUCCAUCGGGUCAUCACUUCCACCCGAUGAUACCGGUCACGCCCCAGCACUCUCUGCAGCACUCGCAGACCUGGGGUACCACCAACAACCUUCCCCACGCAUCGGCAGCCAACAACAGGGGCGGAUCGCAGCACAGGCUGGCCCGGAAACAAGGGGAUAAGAAAACACACACUGCAUUCAGCAGCAGUCUCUCGCCGCAGAAGAGCAAGCGCAUCAAGGGGAACACGCCUCCGAUGGCGUCGGAAUCCCGGGCCCACGGCCGGCGGCCCCUCAACACCACCACCACUACCGCUACGGAGCUGCGUCUUAGCCCCGCGUUGAAGCAGGAGAGGGACCAGGACACCAAGGGAGACGGGAUCUUGACCGCUGGGAGAGGAGCGAGGAUAUCGUCUUACGCCAAUAAGCGGGAGCCGAUCGUGAUACCGGACUCACCGAGCCCGACUCCAAGCAUCAUCACUAUCAGCAGUGAUAGCGAGGACGAGGUGGUGCGACCAUCUAAGGGAUGUGAAGACAAGGGUUGUACAGCGUGCAACGACAACAGCAUCACGCACAGUUGCUCUUUGAGUAGCUCGAACAGUAUCCUGAGUGCAAGUCCCGAAGCUGGCCACGCCCGUCACAACAUCCCUUCAUCGCCAGGUUCCUCCUACUCGUCCCUAGGAAUGUCCCCCAUCAACAAGACCGGUGACGAUGUCGUCAAGGGGAACAGACCCAACGUGGUGAGCUGCGUGACCAUCCCCGACAGCCCCAACCCCAGCCCGGACACCAGGACGAGGCGGAAGGGCGGUCCCCGAGGGGACGCAGAGAAACAGGCCCUGACAAAGAGUGGAGCGGGAAAGAAAAGGUCGUUCAGUGAUGUGAAGGAUAAUACAGUGAAAGUGGUGAAUGAGGUUGCUCGGGGGAGCGGGGUACGGAGGGGCGUUGAUAGGAUCAAGGAAGAGAUUGAUGUUGAUGAUUUUGGGGAACGAUCGGUUGGGGUACAGGGUAGUGAGACGUCAAGUGCGCUGGUUGGAAAAGCCAGUGAUUUGAGACUGAAGAAAGAGCGGCCAUUGAACCAUCGGACAGACUCUGCAAUUGCCUUCAUCAAUCUUCCGUUGUUACAGACGGAGAGCGCUGGAGGCUCAAAUGUGGAGACACCGUCGAUACCGCCACAACCAUCGUCGACGGCUGCUAAUAACAAUAAUAAUUCGAGUAGUAGCACAUUACCGUCCCUCCCCAAUAACAACAACAGCAACUUGUCAACGUCGGUACUAGCAUCGAGAGGCGAUGCCUCUAGGAAGCGUUCGAAUCGGACAGAUCAGCCUCAAACCCAAAGAACAGGCAACCCAGUGACGCAUUCACAACUUGGGACAGUACAAGAGAGACAGCUUCACGUCGCAGCCAGUGCUGCUCUGUCAAGAACGACCGCAGCUCAUCUUGGUAGCCCGUCCCACAAGCCAAAGGCGCCUCCUCAUCACCUGCAGUCAACGUCGCAGCUGGUGAGUUACUCCUACGGUAGUACGCCCAUCAGCUCCCCGGGAGGAGCGUUGCCGACCUUGGCCCAGCAUCAGAUCCACUACCGCCCCGCCAACAUUCCAGGCCCUCUCCCACCGCAAGUGCUGCACUCGCCCACGGUCCCGCCCCAAGUCUACCACCCCUCACCCAUCCCUGGCCCACCCCCGCACCAAUACCACCAUCAUCCUCCCUACAACAGGCCUCUGUACGUCCGGUCUCCGUCAGGUAACAUCUACAGUACGUACCCUUUGAGUCCGACCAGGGCGCGGCCCUACCAGUAUGUCUACCAAGGCGAUUGACUUCUGUUGGUGCAAGACAAGCUCUCCCAGCUGCAUCUCUGAGGCCCUGCUGUCUCAUCAAUUGGCUUCUUCUAGACUCGGGAUGGGUCAGGGUGGUGCCUUCAAGGGAUGAUGACUCUUCAUCUUGGGCACACGACCACAACACUACAGAAUAACAUCAAGGGUUGAGAUCAAAUAAUUAUCAGCACUGAUAACAAGAAUUACCAUGUGUGGGACUAGGAAAUGAAAAUUUGAUUUAUUACUAUAUAUGUCUCAUGAUCUUGGUAGAUUACAGAGAGUGAUUUAAUUGUUAUGUUUCAAAUUCGUAGCAAACCCAAUUGCAGCUACCUGCUUCAUGCUGUCAAUGAAUUUAAUAUUAUUGCUACGCUUUAAAUGUAAUAUUUAGUUUUGGAAAUGGGCAAGCCUUUGAGGCAUACUUGUAUGUGUAAGUGAGAAUAUAAAAUAUAACUGGAUGUUUGAUUAAUUGAUAUCAAGGGAUACCCUUGAAUACUGCUUGGGGAAUCCCCAAAUAAUAUGAUUAGGGGAAAUCCCUAUUAUAUUUGUGUAGAUUUCAGUCAGAAAAAAAAACAAUAUAGUAAUUAUUGUAUUCAGAAUUUUUAGUGAGCGCCGACAAUAGCGUAUUGGUCAUUGGCAAAAUGAAAUUAAGGGCUUAAGAGUGAAAUUCAUUUAAUCAAAAUAAUUUAACCAGAACCACAAUUUGGUGAACAGUAAAGCGUAUCACUGGAGCUCUCGACUAGCUACAUUGCUUGACAAUGACAACGCAGUUGAGUCAAUUUUGUUUUUAGCUUCUUAAAUAACAUAAAGCCUACUGGAACCAUAUUUGAGUCACUAAACAGUUCAGUUUUGAAACAAUUAUGGUGGUUAUUCUUUAUCACAACAUGGGAGAAAAAAAUGCCACUUGCAACUGCUCAUUUUUACUCUACCGGUAAAUUUCACUUGGUAUUUGAUACUUUUCCCAUUUUUAUUCAACUUAAGUUACGGGAUGCCACCUUUCAGACAAAAAGUUUUUUAUCUUUUUAUUUUAUUUUCAGCAAUAGAAAAUGCUUUUUAUAAUGUUCAAAAGGCUCCAUUCAUAAUACAUUACCACUUAUUAACCUAUUUGAGGCUAGAUGAUUUUACCAUAACACAUGUUUUCCAUAGACUCCAGCGCACAUAUAAGUUGGCUAAGUCUCCAACGGGUUAAAGACCAAUUUAAGGUGGCAUCCCUGUUGAAUUGCCAAUUUGAGGAUCCCAUUAUCUUCUAAAACAAUACAAAAAAAUAUGUUGAGAGAGAGAGAGCAGCUGGUGGACCUUAGGCUUGUCUUGCCCAUAUCACUUAUUUUCCCUGUAAGACCAGGGGCCCGUAACACAGAGCUUAGCAAUGAUCGUAUAAAUACUUUUCUACGAUUGAUUCCAUUGACUACAAUACACAAUUAAUCAUGAAAUUCAAGUAUACGAUUAAUCGCCAACCUUUGUGUUACGGGCCCUUGAGGGCUUUGUUUACAUUUGUUUUGUUUUUUUCAAAGCAAGCUCUUAUUUCACUUGCCGCUACCAAGAAAAUUUCUUCAUUAGUAUAUGAAGUAUUUGCGGCACACUAACUGUUUCAUUCUCUGUGAGCAUGCACACUUUGUUAAUAUUUUAAUACAUUUUAGCUUUUAAAACUUUUCUCUUUGUUGUACAUGAUGCGUUUGCUAAAUUCGGACCGUUUUAUUCUUCUCGCAUCUUGUUAAUGUACAGAUUCUCCCAUGUUUUAUUGACACUCUUUCUCUCUAUUAAAGUGCACGUUUUUGCAAUAUAUAUUUUUUUUGCCUUUUUAACAUAUACCUCAUCGCUUGUAUAUAAAAUGAUAGUGACAUAUUUUUCCCCUCCCCGUUCGUAUUUGAGAAGCUUUCAAAGCAUGUAUUUAUCGGCAAACCCCUUUCCUCCUGUUAAUCUGUUCUUUCAUCGUUGAUUUCUUCUUUUUGAUCGCAGAGAUUUGUGAAAAACGGGCAUGGCGUAGGUUAUAGGCGAGAUACGGCUGUGCGGAAUUGUAUGAUAGAUGUUUUAUGAAACUUUCCCUCCAUUCUAUGUCCUAGAUAAUAUUUAGGAGUAGACGUUCAAUCUGAUUUAGCUCACGCGAGAUAGAAAAUGAUUCGUAUGCGACUGGGUCCCAUUGCGUAGAAUGAAUGUGAAUGGUAACUUUGCGAUCAUUGGUAGUUACCAUGGUUACAUGGCCCCAGCAGCCAAUCAGAAUCGAGGAUUCCAUCAGAGAUGCCAACCCUCCCGAUUUCAUCGGGAGGCUCCCGAAAAUUCAUCCCAACUCCCGCCCUUACGAUUACCAUCCUUAUCCUCCCGAAAUAACGAUUUUUUUUGCAUUGAUCAAAUUGGAUUGGAAGUACAUGUAUUGUCUGCUAACUUUAGCAUGUAGUAACUCCAUUACGUUUUGCUGCUACUAAAUUCUGUGUGAAAGGCAGACAAAUAAGGAGCAGCGAAAAGCUGGUGCAUGUGAUAUGCCCAACGGGAAUCCACUGUGCACCAGGCCGGUAGGCCCGGCUAGCUUCGCGAGGCGUGUGCGCUCGCGGCCGCUGGAUUUGUCGAGUCGUGCGAUGGAAUAUCGGUGUGUGAUUUCGGCGUAUUGAUGGGUUGAUAUUGACACGAAAUGGCGGAAAAUCAACAAAAAAAGACCAAGAAAUGGUCUCAGAAGUAUAAGACUGAAUACAGUCUCCAGUACCCGUGUAUUCGGAAAGAGGAAUCUACCAUGCAUUUUGCACAAUUUGCAGCGUGGACAUUAAAGUUGAGCACGGAGGUCGUGAUGAUAUUCGGAAGCAUGUAGGGAGCAAACGGCAUACGGACAUUGCGAAGACGAGAUCUUCGAGCUCCACUAGUACCCUGUUGACUUAUUUCACCAAGCAAGAGACCAGCGAGGAGGAAGACGUUACCCGCGCUUUAAUAAUAAUAAAGAGGAUAAUUCCUCAUUAUUAUAGUUGAACAGGUACUUUUCUUCUAUUGUCCCCUCAUUUUUUUUACAUGUAAAAAUGCAUAUUUGAUAUUUUUAUUUUUAUGUCAAAAAAGUGGGAACAAUGUUUUUUUUAAAACAUGUGAAAUGCUCCAAAAUAAGGGUCAGAUUGCACCAGAGAGCAUCUAGAAACCCAGAGCUUCCAGGGCCCUAAGGCGGGCCCUCGACCCCGGCCGCAAAGGUCGAGCGCUCCGCACUCGAGAUGUGCGCUACGCGCACAUAAUUUGGUGUCGGUUGCAAAUCCUCCCUAAUUCUGAUUUCCAAAAGUUGGCAUCUCUGUUCCAUGGAUGCAUUGGGACUUUGAGGACACGGUAACGUGUGAAAAGAUACUUGUCAAAAGUUUCAAAAAUUAUUUUUUCAAUAGAUAAGAUAUGAAUGUUGAAUAUAUAUAUUUAACAGGUGCUACAUGGAUUUGAACCAACAAUUUUUCUUGGUGUACUCGUUGUCUUCACAUUAUUCGAACUUUACUCAACAAUUGUAUACUAGUUGGAUAUUUUGGCAUCAUUUUUGAUGCACGUAACCAAUGUCAUAUAGUUGAUGAGAGUAGCAUUAUGAAUAUUUGGCAAAUACUUGACAUUUUGAUAAAAAGUAUUUGAUAUUUUAGAUAAAAUCUUGAGUAUUUUUGUAAAUUGUGGCAUGGAUGUGUAAUAGUGGACAAUCGAGGGCAAGUGAUAUGAAAUUGUAAUUUUGUACAUGUAUAUUUCUCUUCGGUGAAUUUGUAGAAAUAUGUGUUUUUGUUGGGACUGUAUACAUACAUAGUCACUAUGAUACCAAAAGUCAUUUUUGUUUUCUUCUUUGUCUUCAUGUUUCUACAUACGUGUUCAUGCUGUUUAAAUCGAUUGAAAAGGGAUUACCUACAUAAGAAUUGAUAGGUUACCGAAUUACAUCUUAGAUUGUGUUUCACUCAAGCAUUGUGCUUAUUGGUCUGGUAUACCAUCACUUUUUCGAUGGAUUCUUGUGAAUUUGAUGGACUUUUUUUUGGUGAAACUUAAUGAAAACAUUUUGUGAAUAAAAUUUGUACAUUUUGUGAAUGAUGGAGUUUGUAAACAUAGAGAAUAACUAUUUUUGCUAGACAAAUUUGGAGAAACUGGACAAUUUUGUUGAGGUAUACAUUGUACCUUAUUUGAGAUGUUGCACAUUUUGGGGAGAAUCGUCUUGCUUCGUGUUUGUCAUUUUUGGAAUAAUGAAUUUUUGCAUUUGUCAAGUAGAAAUUUGAAGUGUAGAGAUCUUUGUUUGAUGUGAUUUCAAGUUUUAUGUCUUUCUUGAAAGUGUUUUCCUAGCGUGACCACGACGAUAUUGCCCUGUUAAAGUACAUUUGAGUUGAUCUCAAAUAUUUAUGAAUUAAAUCGUGUUAAAGCUCAUACAGAGCUUUUUUGUUUCCAGGUUGAAAUGCAGUAUUUUUGUGAGUUCCAUCACAUAUUUCAGUGACAAAAAUUUAAGAUAUUGAUUUCCUACCUAUUC